AUGGCACUCCUAAUGCGGAUUGUCCCCCCAGCUGGCAAUAAAGUUAUGUACGACCUCUCAGCCAAGUUUGGCUGCCACCCUGGUGACGUCAGCGACCUACUGCGGACAGCUAAAAACCUUGAUCUUGACGUUGUAGGAGUAAGUUUCCACGUGGGCAGCGGAAUAAAGGACCCGGAAGUGUUCGCCACGUCACUGCAGAGAGCCAGCAGUGUGUUUGGGAUUGCAGCGAAGAUGGGAUUCACUCUACAUACUCUUGACGUUGGCGGAGGUAUCUACGGACACAGAGGAGCACCAGUAUCUUUUGAAAAGGUUGCCACCGCCUUGAAUAGAUCUCUAGACGAGUUCUUUCCCGUGAGCUCCAAUGUCAAGGUCAUGGCAGAACCGGGGCGGUUCUUUGCAGCAUCGCCUUUCACCUUAGUGACAAGUGUGAUUGCAAAGAGGAAGUGCACGGCCGUCGUUGGGGAAAGAGAUCUAAAUGAGCUGAAGACUUUGGACCCGGAGAAGCCCCGUGACGUCACCCCAAGAUAUAUGUAUUAUAUAAAUGACGGUGUAUAUGGAUCGUUAAGCUUCGUUCUCUCAGAAGACACUUGCAUGAUACCUACAUUAGUCAAGGUACCCGCUAGUGACGUGACCUUCACCUCCAGCCUGUGGGGUCCGACAUGUGACGGCAGUGACUGUGUCCUGAAGGAAGGGCCUCUCCCCGAGCUCCAGAUCGGGGACUGGUUCUACUUUGAGAACAUGGGCGCCUACUCUCUCAGUCUCCACUCACGAUUCAAUGGAAUGGCUGUACCUGAGGGUCAUUAUAUGUGCGAGGAAGAGAUCUGGGAAACGGUUUUUGAAGGGAGCAAGACAGAUUGA